AUGUUGGGAUGCUCAUCAAAGCUUCGUUCUUCUCGUACACACUCUUCUUUCACUCUGGAAGAUGCUCAUGCUAUGUCCCAAGAUAAGUUAACUAAAUUAAUUCCAUCUUUUAUCCAUACCUGUCAAGAUCACAGUGACCAGCAACUUGAGUACUAUUGUCAACAAUGUAUUAUUCCUGUAUGUGUCAAAUGUACCAUCAUCAACCACAAGGACCAUCCUGUUACUGAGGUAAGUAAACAGGUAGACAUCAAUAAGGCAACAGUUCAUGAGAGCAUACAAGGUUUCCAAGUAGCUCAACAACAGCUUAAGAAAGUCUUGAUAUCAGGAGAAGAGAUAAAGGAGAAGAUCAAUGCUCGUAAAAAUGAGAUAGAUACAAUCAUACGUCAAAACUUUGCCACUCUUCAACAACUUUUACAUGAACGUGAGGAGGCUUUGUUAGCUCAGAAUAGUGAGGUAGCUAAUGCUAAAGAGGCUUGUCUCUCUCUUCAAUUGGAAGGGAUCCACCAUCUCUUGGAUACAAUGACUUACUGUGAGAGUCUUGUAACCAGUGCUGUAGGAGAGUACAAUGAUGUUGAGUUACUAUCAGUUGCUCACACACUACAGACCAGAGCAAACCAACUACAAGAAGAGUUCUCUAAGACCUCUCUUGAAGUAUGUGAGUCACCAACUAUAUCAGUAGAUAUUAAUACAGAUGAACUAGCUACAAAGAUAGCAAAUGUGGACAUUACAUUUAAUGAGAUAUCUCCUAAUAAUACAACAGCAGUGGUACCUUUCAAUGAUGUUGUAGUUGAAAAAGAAUUAAAUAUUAGAAUAAUAUCUAGAGAUAGUAAAGGGAAGGAGUUAUCUAAAGGAGGUGCAAUAGUGAGUGGUAGGUUUGUUCCAGUUGAAAAGAAAGGGAGACCAAUUGAAGCUAAGAGCACAGAUUGUGGUGAUGGUACUUACCUUGUCUCCUUGACACCACAGCAGUUAGGACAGCACAAGCUCUCUCUUACUAUCAAAGGUCAGUCUAUCCAAGGUAGCCCUUUCAAUGUUUCUGUAGUUGCUACUCGAGAUUACACUAUCCUCAAGAACCCAGUACAGACUAUUACUGGGAUAAAUAACCCAUGGUUCAUAGCCUUUUCAAAUAAUGGUGAUAUGUUUGUCACUAGUUAUAGUACCACUGUAUAUAUGUAUAUGACAGCAAUGGAAGACAGAAGACUACCAUUGGUUCAAAAGGAACUGGUCCUCUACAGUUUAAUUAUCCCAUGGGAAUAG